GCAGUCAGAGGUCGGUCGGCCCGCGGAGAGUUUGAGUUUGUUUGGCACCGAGUUGGAGUGGCGGCUCUCCCCCGGCGUGUUACCAUGGAGACGGUGCUAAACGGGCUGCUGUGCGUGGCGCAGGCACUCUUCCUCUGGCUGCAGUCGGUGGUGCUGUUCUUUGUGCCGGCCAAAUACCGGGAGAAGUCGGUGUCCGGCGAUGUGGCGCUCAUCACCGGCGCCGGCAGCGGCAUCGGCCGACUGCUGGCCCUCCGGCUGGCCAAGAGGGGCGCCCGCAUCGUCACCUGGGACGUCAACGCGGAGGGUAACGAGGAGACGGUGCGCCAGAUCCGCGCCGCCGGCGGCGAGGCCCACGCCUACACCUGCGACCUGUCCAACCGGGAGGUCAUCUACAAGACGGCCGAGCGGGUCAAACGCGAGGUCGGAAAGGUGACCAUUCUGGUGAACAACGCCGGCAUGGUGACGGGGAAGCCACUGCUGGACAUCCCCGACAACCUGAUCGAGAAGACCUUCGAGGUCAACACGCUGGCACACUUCUGGACGUGCAAGGCGUUCCUGCCGGACAUGAUGAUCGCCAAGAAGGGUCACGUGGUGAACAUCGCCAGUCUGGCCGGCCUGCAGGGCAUGGGCCGCCUCACCGACUACUGCGCCUCAAAGUUCGCCGCCGUCGGCUUCCACGAGUCCCUCACCGUCGAACUGAAGGUCGGAGGUCACGAGGGCGUGAAGACGACCGUCAUCUGCCCGUUCUUCAUCAACACGGGCAUGUUUGAUGGCGCCAAGUCCAACAUCAUCCCGUUCUUGGAGCCCGAGUACGUGGCAGAGCGGAUAGAGCAGGCCAUUCUGCUGAACGAGGAGCAGGUCCUCAUCCCCGGCUAUCUGGCGGCGCUCUUCUACCUCAAACUGGCCAUGCCUUGGCGCGCCUUCUGGACGCUGGGGCUGGCCUUCAAGGUGGAGCGCGCUAUGGACACGUUCACCGGCCGAACCAAGCAGGCGUAGUGGGGCGGUGGGGCCCGCCGCCGCCGCCGCCUGUCGCGCCUCCCUCCAGGUCGCUGAACUAUGCUGUUCUCUACGAGAUCGGGAAACUGCUCCGACUGCACAACCCCAUGGAGACUUUCCGCGGCCGUCAGCCACCCGUCACCAAUGGAGUCACCAACGGAACUGCCAAUGGCGGCACCAAUGGAGUCACAAAUGGUGUGACAAAUGGCGUCACCAAUGGUCACGCUAAUGGCAUCACCAGUGUUGCUGCAAACGGCUCCAGUAACGGCGUCACCCGUCACCGCCAAAACGGCUCAGCGGCGGAGGACCACUGACUGUGACACAGGGGAGCACUGGGAUAGGAGACCUUUCGAGGUGUGACCCGAGGAACUUCAGCCGCGCUGCCUGUGACCCGGGGCGGGGUCGUGACAGCAGGGGAUGGCGGCUGGCGAAGGACGAGCGAGUUCAGAGGAGGGAGAGCGGCGACAGGUCAGAGGCGGGCGCAGGUUGAGUCCACCAACCAGACGGGGGAGGGAGGGGAGGGGAUCAGGGAACCAUCCAUGACACUGUGUAAUUGCGCUUUGAAGGCCCGCUGCCCGAUGUCCAGCCGCCUGGCUGGUAUAUGCGAGCUGAGAUCGUGGGCUUCUAGGACAGUCAUGUGGCCCACUGGCCUCCUGGGGCGUGGAAUGCCGCUCGCUGGGACACAAAUCGUGCCUAUGGGGUGCAGCCAGAGGAGUGGCUGUGGCGAUGGCACAAGUGCUGCCAUCGGAAAUUCGGGAUAGGUAGAAGGGAGUGAUCGGACCACAAAUACGAAACCUCACUGGGGGUGAUGAACGUGCCAAUCCUGUUGAUUAUCUGGUGAGUGGUGACCACUGGGGACUCGGCAUGCAAUGAGGAUGACACGAAAUAUAUCGCUAUGUAUCGA